AUGCACGCCCGCCUUGACGACGUCCGCGCCCACGUUUCUGACAUUGACUUCAACGCUCGACUGUCGAUCUUCGCCAUCGUCGCGAAGGACGAGCUGGAGGGCAUCCGCGCGCGCGGCUGGGACCUCUCCUUCACCAAGACGACCGACCAUCGCGGACGUCACCCCCAUCGUCUGACUACUGCUGCUACACUACCCCUGAUCCAAGCCGCCUUCCACUGGCAGCUCGUCGACACAAUCGCGGGCGAGGACAAGGCGACCGGGAUACGCGGAGGCCUCGGCGCGCAGCUCAGACCCGAGACGAAGAACAAGCCGAAGAAGGUGCGCGAAGAGAUUGUGACGCAGAAUAGUGAGGAGGCGAAGCGCGAGCAGAAGGAGGAGGAAGAGGAGAAGCGCGCAGCGGCGAAGCGGAAGGUGGAGGAGGACCGUCUGAGCAAGUUGAGUGCGGUGCGAUAUGACAAGACCGGUGCAUCGUUCCGGUCGCAAGCAAGCGCACGGUCCUCGUCACCUUGGACGCAUCUGCGCGCGGCGUCGACUACCCUCACGCGUCAUCCAGCUCCCGAGCGCCGAGACACGUUUGUGGCCUGUGGCGUCAACAUGCGCAUCAACCCCACACUCACUCGGUACGGCUACAUUGGUACAGCACCCCUCGAACCCUCCGUCGCGAUCUCCUUCCAUGUCCUUGAGGCCUUCCGCGCCCAGCAUCAUGCCUGCCCUCGAUUCAGCAUCCAGGUGCAGGUGAAAGCCCUCUGCCGCCUGCAGGCUGUUCCAUACAAGCCCUAUCUCUGUACACAAUUCCGUAUUGCCUACGACAUCUAUCUCGACAUUCUAUAUCGCGUCAACAGCCUCAUCAACACAGCGCUUGGGCACGACCUCCCGGAUUGGCGCAUGCGGCAUGCCUGUGCACCCUGCCUCUAUGUGCUCGAGGCGAAGAUCCAUUGA